UCCUCCUUCCUUCCUUCCCUUCCUGCUUCCCUCCUUCCUUCCCUUCCUCCCUCCCUCCCUCCCCGCGAUGCCGCCGCGGCCGCGCCUCCUCCGCACCUACUCCCGCCGCGCCGGGUACCUGCGCCCGCUGCAGCCGCCCGAGCGCUGGAUCUCGCCGGCGCAGGACCGCAAGCACCUCUUCAGCUCCACCUCGGCCGCUUCCAGCGCCCUCUCCGCACGCUCCGAGGACGACCCGGAUUUCUCUCCGCCCGAGGGCUGCCGGCCGCGGGCCGCCGGUAAGCGCCGCGCCUGGUCCCGGCGGCUGCGGGCCCGCCGCGGGGAGGCGCGGGGGAAGGAGAACCGGGAGCCAGAGCCGUCGCUCUCCUCGUCAUCCCCGUCCUCCCCGUCCCUCUCCUCGCCCUCCCCGCCGCCCCCGCGCCGCGCCCGGCGCCGCCGGCAGGGCCCGCCGUGCCCCGCCACGGCCCCGCUGCUGUGCAGCACCCCGCAAUGGGAGCCCCCGCAGCGGCCCCGCCGCCCCGCCCGCGGCACCCGCAUCCUGUUCAGCUCCGACGGCGGCUCCGGGUCGUGCCCGGGGCUCGGGGACAGCCCCCUGCCCCCCCGCCGCCGCGCCCCGCAGGGCCGGCUCGCCACCCUGCUGCUCAGCACCACCAUAGAGAGCGGGUCGGGGCUGGGGGACCCCCGCCCGCCGCACCCCCCCGGGCAGCGCUCGGGGCAGCGCUCGGCGCUGCGGGGCGCGGACGAGGAGGAGGAGGAGGAGGAGAAGGAGGAGGAGAUGUGGAUCCCACCCGAGAGCGCCAAGCCCGACCCGGGACUGCAGGAGCCCCGCCGUGUGCUGAGGUCGUCGGUGCGGGGGGGGCCCUGCCGGGCUCAAGCUGCCCCGACCCCGCAGAACUCCCCAGGCGCUUUGUCGCCCGCUCAGGCUGAGCCACGGCUCGCUACGCCCUGCGACGGUGCCGCUUCUGAUGGGCCCUGCGAGCAUCUCGCCAGAGACUCGGCGGAACGGAGCUCGAGGUGUCACACGGGCCCAGCCAAGGAGUACCAGCUUGUGCCACUGGUGGUCUUGGACCCUGAGGAGGUGCCAAGGAGGCUGGCGAGCAUGAAGCUCAACGAGAAGGCUGAUGUUCAACCCACCUGGCAGCAGCCAGGAUCUCCCAUGGGCCGCCCAGGCAUCUUGGAGAGUAAAUAUAAAAGGACCAAGGGUGCCUCUGGAGACAGCAGCACCUCCAGGAAAGCCUGUAUCAGUGGCUUCAGCGCCAGCCGCUGGGGGAGGCACACGAGGCUCCGCCCAAAAAGGCGCAAAAAUAAGAGGCAGCAACAGCCUAACAACUCCUUCCUCAGACCACGGGCCAGGCAAAAACGAGCGCAGAAAGGUGCUCUGGAGGUGUCCGUAGAUGUGAGAGACAAUGACUGCUCACUCCUCAAUAGUUCCUGUUCCUGGGCCAGAGUUCGAGCAACCCUGUCCUUCCACAAGAAGAAGAAGGUGACUGCUGAGGACAGUUUCAGCAGCAGCAUCCUCUGUACCCCCUCAGGGAAACUGCAGCUGUCAGGGUACCAAGCCAGCCUGUCGGCUGGGAGGGCUCAGGGCUGCUCCUGGUCAACUUCUUCCAUGGUCCUGCUGGCUCCCAGGGAUUCCUCUGUCCUGGAGCUGAUGCUUACAGAUGCAGAGAAGGUGUUUGGGGAAUGCCAGCAGGAAGGGCCCAUUGCUUUUGAGGAAUGCAUUCCUUUAGAUAAGAUGAAAGAUUGCAAGAAAAUUGGAGAAGGGGUGUUUGGAGAGGUGUUCCAGAUCAACAGUGAGAGAGGACCUGUGGCCCUAAAAAUAAUUCCUAUUGAAGGGACUGAGAAAGUAAAUGGAGAAGCUCAAAAGAGCUUUGGGGAGAUUCUGCCUGAGGUAAUCAUUUCAAAAGAACUCAGUCUUCUGUCUGAGGAAUCUGUGAACAGGACUGUUGGGUUCAUCAGCCUGUACUCUGUGCACUGUGUUCAAGGGGCCUAUCCCAAGUAUCUCCUGGCAGCCUGGGACAAAUACCACAAAGAAACAGGGUCAGAAAACGACCGGCCAGACCUUUUUGGGGACGAGCAGCUCUUCCUGGUCCUGGAGUUUGAAUUUGGAGGCAGCGACUUGGAGCACGAGAGGUGCAGUUUCUCCUCACUGGAAUCAGCCAAAAGCAUCUUGCACCAGGUCACUGCGUCCCUGGCCGUGGCUGAGCAGGAGCUGCACUUCGAGCACAGGGACCUGCACUGGGGGAACGUGCUGGUCAAAAAAACAGAGGCAAAGGAGCUUCAUUAUGUGCUGAAUGGGGCAACACACACGAUCCCCACAGCAGGGGUUCACGUCAACAUCAUCGACUACACCCUGUCCCGGCUGGAGAAGGACGGGCUGACCGUGUUCUGUGACCUCUCCACGGACGAGGAGCUGUUCCAAGGCACGGGGGACUACCAGUUUGACAUCUACAGGCAGAUGAAAGCGGAGAAUUCCAACAGCUGGACUGACUAUCACCCUCACAGCAACGUCCUCUGGCUGCACUACCUGGUAGAUAAACUUCUGAACCACAUGAGCUACAAGAGAAAGGCCUCAACUCUUGCCCUGAAGAAAAUAAAGGUGCAGCUCACCAAGUUCCACGAGGAGGUGCUGACCUUUGAGUCUGCCCACGAUGUUUUGCUCAACAGCAACCUCUUCCAGUGACCAAGGACUAAGUCGCUUUCCCCUCUGCCUUUUUUUUGGAUACGUGAUCUUUUUACAUGUUGGCACAAUGAAGGGUUUUAGGAUUCCCAUUGUGAAUAAUACACUAUAAAAAAAUGUCUAAGAAAAUCCCCCCCAAAAAGUCUUUUACUCGGAGGUGUUUCCAUAUCUGCUGUUUUUGAGGGGUGGUGGAGGGGAAACAGCCCUUCCUGUUGACUUCUGUCAACUUUUGUUGAGUGGGCCUUUGAGAAAGAUUUCUUCAGGCUCAAUAAAUGCUAGGGAUUUCACGUAAUUUUUUUACCUUUUUAGUCUUAGAUUAUUAAAGGUCGUUUUCUUACUAUAUUGGCUUUCUUACAUUUUCUUUUUUAAAGGAAAAAAAACCCUUCACUUCUGGACAGUGAGGACAAGGGUAAACACUGUUGCCUCACUGGAGACAAAGGGGAAAAAACACCCUUUUAUUUAGUUUUAAAACAGAACUUCAGUUUGCUGAAAUGCCUACCUGGAAUGAUGGUAAAAAAUGUAAAUAUGUAAAAGUUUCUGUAAAAGUGUUUUAAACCCACUAGUCUGCAAUAAUAUGUUAACAUGGAGGGGGGGUUCCCUCUCUUAAGGACCGAGGAAGAUGUAUCCGAUUGUGAAAAAAAAAUA